UGUUACUCUGUUUCCUUAUGUUACCCUUUGUUACGCUGUGUUACUCUGUGUUACCCUGUAUCACCCUGUGUUGCCCUUUGUUACUCUUUGUUACCUUGUGUUACCCUGUUUUACCCUUUGUUACCCUGUGUUACUCUGUGUUAUCCUGUGUUACCCUGUGUCACUCUGUGUUUCCCUGUGUUACUCUUUGUUACCCUAUGUUACUCUCUGUUACCCUGUGUUACUCUGUGUUACCCUGUAUUACCUGGUGUUACCCUGUGUUACCCUGUGUUGCCCUGUGUUGCCUUGUGUUACCCUAUGUUACCCUUAGUUACUCUGUGUUGGUGUGUGUUACCCCGUGUUACCCUUUGUUACCCUGUGUUACCCUGUGUUACCCAUUGUUACCCUUGGUUACCCUGUCUUACCCUGUGUUACUCUGUUUCCUUAUGUUACCCUUUGUUACCCUGUGUUACUCUGUGUUACUCUGUAUUACCCUGUAUUACCCGGUGUUACCCUGUGUUGCCCUGUUUUACCUUAUGUUACCCUGUGUUACUCUGUGUUACCCUGUGUUACCCUGUGUUACUCUGUGUUACCCUGUAUUACCUGGUGUUACCCUGUGUUGCCCUGUGUUACCUUGUGUUACCCUAUGUUACCCUUAGUUACUCUGUGUUGCCAUGUGUUACCCUGUUUUACCCUUUGUUACCCUGUGUUACUCUGUGUUAUCCUGUGUUACCCUGUGUCACUCUGUGUUUCCGUGUUACUCUUUGUUACCCUAUGUUACUCUCUAUUACCCCGUGUUACUCUGUGUUACCCUGUAUUACCUGGUGUUACCCUGUGUUGCCCUGUGUUACCUUGUGUUACCCUUAGUUACUCUGUGUUGCUGUGUGUUACGCCGUGUUACCCUUGGUUACCCUGUCUUACCCUGUGUUACUCUGUUUCCUUAUGUUACCCUUUGUUACCCUGUGUUACUCUGUGUUACUCUGUAUUACCCUGUAUUACCCGGUGUUACCCUGUGUUGCCCUGUGUUGCCCUGUGUUGCCCUGUGUUACCUUAUGUUACCCUGUGUUACUCUGUGUUACCUUGUGUUACCCUGUGUUACUCUGUGUUACUCUGUGUUACCCUGUAUUACCUGGUGUUACCCUGUGUUACCCUGUGUUACCUUGUGAGUAGUCACUGAAACUUGACUUGCAAGACAAGAUCAUCAUUUCACACCAGUGGGCAGUUGCCCCAGGCAGAAAAGCUCUGAUUUGCGACCUAAUCACCACUUUACUAAAUUCAAGAGAAAAGUACUUACUUACUUGCAAACAAAAGUGAUUGUCAAUUGUAACCACAACACAUUCAUGCGGUGACUUGAAAAAACUUUCAUCUGCAACCGGCGACGCAAUGUGGCAAUUAUCACGUAUUGAAAUGCAAUACACUUGUUUAGAAGAAGUAUCUCUUAACAUCCUGAAAGAGAUGGCCAAAUACAGGCUGUUCUUUUUUACACUAUUGUUAGGAUUUUACCCAUCUUUUAUGUUUAAGUCCUGUAAGACUGAAACAGUGAACAGGAAUAGAAGGGUUUUCCCGCCCUCAUGAUCAUGGCCACUCGGUGUCCACAGCAUCAAAAAAGCUUUCCAUGGGCGAAGCUGAGCGCAAAUUGAAUACUGACAAAGAUUUUUUAAAACAUGCAAAUUAUUUUAGAUGAUAAGAAAAAGCCAUUUGAGAGGAAAAGAUCCUUAUGCUGUGAAUCCUUCUUAGCCGGAAUGCAAGUACAAAAAUUAAUACAAAAUCUUUUUAUCAUAACAGUUGGGAAAUGAAGUUCAUACUGUCAACCCAGGAAGCAUUUUGAGCAGGUUUUUUUAUCAGCCCAUUGAAUGUGCGUGAAUGUUUUUUUGGACAGAGGAGUUAUGCAGGAUUCUUUUCCUACCUAUAUGCACUUCCAGGAUAUACAGUGUAAAUGUAUAUAUUUUUUCUAAAAUCAACCAGCCCCUCACCCCAAAUUAUCCUAAUUAUUCAAGUCAUCUCAGUCCUCCAGUCAUCCUGGUCAUUCCAGUCUCCCCAGUCAUUCUAGUCAGCCUAGUUGCCUUAGUCAUGCUUGUCAUCCAUGCCUCAUACUCUCCUGUAUCUGCGCUUUGUUGUAAGAAAAAAUACCGGAAAGAAACAAACAGAGUUAAAAAGCAAACUAUACUUUUUAAGUUUUACCUUUUAUUUUAAUAUUUCCUUUUCUUUAUUGUAUUGUCUUUCUAUUUUUGUUUUGUUCUGUAUUUUUCCUUUUUCAUUAGUAAGUUGAGUAUGAUCGUCUGGGUGAAUGUAAUCCUGAAAAGGACUGUUGUUGACAGUGACUGACAUUUCAACAACCUGUGCAUGACUCUGUAAAUGACUACGGCACACAUUGUUGAAACAGCAGUUACUGUCAACAACUGUCCUAUUCAGAACUGUGUUCACCCAGAUGAUCAUACUCAACUUACUUAUUAAGGGCCUGUUUACAUGGAGGUGGGGGACUACAGGUGGGUGAGGUAACAUUUGGCGGGUCACCCCACCUAUCAUGUAAACGUGAUUAAAUUAAAAUGAGGGAUUAUAUGGACAGGCGGGUUACCCCACCUAAACGGGUUACCUCAUCUACCUGCGGUCCCCCUCCUCUAUAUAAACAGGCCCUAAAUGACUCAUAGGUUGAAACCUUUCAUAGUUUUAUUUUUUUCCCUUGAACGUUUUCAGUAUGCACAUUUAUGCCAUGCAUUCAGGUAGCUGUGCCCUUGGAAGAGAGGGUUUUUCUGAGCCUGGCUUAAUUCUUACAGGCAUGCACCGUCUCUUGAUUUUAACUUUUUGUUGCAAAAAACCGGCAUUGCAUGAUGUUAGCUUUCUAAGAUAAAUUUGAGGGGUUUUACGUAGUCAGGUGGAAUAAGUAAAUAAAAUUCAUAUAUUUUGUGACUCAAAUUUACAUUUAGUGAGUCAUGUUUCUUUUUUUUUCAGGCAGAAAGGGAAAGGAAUGGUGGUAAACCAAGUUUACAUUAAAGUGGAAAGGCAACAACAACAUCAUCAUGAUGGAGAAUGCAACAAGGUCCUGUUAUUGUGGUACAAAAAAGGUAUAGCUCUUGGUAUAUGGAAUGAACUAGAGGACAGCAUUGGGAACAAUAACGAAAUAAGUGCUAGAUUCAACAUUGAGCUCCUGGCAGCUGGUAUGGAAAAUGGACUGCAUAGAGGCUAGACUUCGAGGUUAGUAACAUCAACCAAACAAUAACUAGACUGAACUACAUUCAUGACCGAACUCAACGUCAACGUCUGUGAUGUAACUUAACUUUAUUAAUACACAUCACACACUGAACGAAAAAAUACACAAGAACAGCCAAAGCCGGGGGCUUAAAUGGUGUAAGGUCAGCAAAAAAGACGUGAAGAAUUUACAGGAAUAGAAGAAGGCUUUAACUAAAAUAAUUACAAUACAAUUAAAUCAAGAAAGAAAAGGUCAGUCAGAAAAAACUUACAACUGAAAUACAAUACUUGGCAACUAAUUUCAAAUAUUUAAACAACUAAUAAUUCCUAUAAACCACACAAACAAAUACAAACAAAUACACCUAGUAUAGUCUCACAAGGUGUACAGAUUAUGCGUAGGCUAAUUGUCAACUCAGAAAAAUACAGUCUUAAGUUUUUUGUAAAAUUUACUUACUUUGAGAUUAUUGUGCACAGCUAGUUAAUGGAAUAUCGUUCCAAAUAAUAGGAGCUUGCCAAGUGAUAGCAAAUUGAUACUUAUGACAGGUUUUUUCUGAUAGAAAACUGUGCAUGGAAAGGCAAGGUGAUGGAUAGCAUCAAGCUGUUGAUAUCUGUUAUGGUGUGGUUUGGUAUAUGGCUCAUUAUAUUUGCUGGGGAGACUGGCCAGGACUUGUUCAUAUGGCUGCAUUAUGGUUUGGUAAGGUAUGGUAUGACUUUUAACAUCAAGCUCAUAUUAUGGUUUCUAAGACAUCAUCAAUCGUAAUGUUUGUGAUGAUUACUUUUAAAAUAAUUUACAAAACUAUUAUUAAGAAGCGGGAAAUUGUUCUUGCUCCAUAAAAGGGGUGGUGAAUAGGUACCCAGGAAAUUGUUCCGGAAACUUUCAUCAUCAGUCUCAUUUUUUGAGUUUCCUUUUGAGUCGUGGAUUUUUUGUCUUAACAGAGAUUUUUAGAAGUUUUAUUUUUUAGCCUGAGCAUCCGGGCAAGGCUUUUAUUUAACCAUUUCACCAUCCCUCAUAAAAUAUUAGGUAGCACUAACAGAAAGCCAGUUGGUUUCCAUUAUAUAAUAAUAUAUCAUAAAUGACCAAAACUGCAAAUUUUUGACCCUGCCCGGGAGGUCUGAAUGCGGGGUACAGCUGGCCUGGGGUUUUCCUCCUAGGAGCAAGUGGACGUACGGGGAGGUUUUUCACCCAGCUGUUGUUCCACAACCCCCAUUCACUAAACUUUUUUUCACACAAGGCUGGCAGCUUAACCAUUUUAUAUCACAUUUUUUUAUUACUAUUAAGCAAUCAUUUAAUUGCCCAAUUGUUGUUCAUGACUGAAAAACAUUGUUGCUCAGUAGAGUCUUAGAGAUCAUAAUCUGUAAGGUGUUGAAAAACAUCUUAUAGGGCACAUCAGGAGAUUUAGGAACCAGAUGAAUAUUUAUUCUUUAAAACAUCUCUAAAAUUUAUAUACAUCAAUAGGCACUUAAUUUCAGUCAUGCAACAAAUUGAAAGUAUUUAUUGAUUGUCUUAAAGUAAUAAUAGGUUAUAACAAUUCCAGUGUGUGUGCCACCAUUGUACAAACAAAGCCAUUACAAAGUGUCAAUUAUCUGCAUCUACAUACAUCAGGUCGUUGAAAAUCGCAAAGACAUCACACUAACCGGUAUCAGCAUUUUUUACCAUUUCACUGGAUAGCUCACUAGGAGUGUAAAGUUUUGCUCUUAAAUAUUGGCAAAUUAUUCCUAGAUGCUUGUUUGUACAGCCACUUAAUAAGGUUUUUAAGCUUCUGCCAACAAGAUUCCAUUGAGCAGUAAAUUAUUUUUGAAACUUGUUUAUUUGGUUGAUAUAAAAAUAAUAUUAUCUCUCACUUACACAUUAAUAGAGACGACCAUCCAAAAUAUCUCUCAGCUGACUUUCAGCCAUCCGAAAAAAAAGGGGACCAUGAAUGGUCUAAACUUUUACCUUUCGCUCCAAAUUCACUGUGAGUCAACAAUCUGAUGAAGUGUAAGGAACAUUUAGUUCGCAUUUCAGCACAAUUCUUUUCUUUCGCAGACUCCUGAAAAUUCUCUUUUGAGUUUGCAACUCGAUUAGAUGCCUGGAAUUUAGACCACUAUUGUAGCUAUAGUUGCCAUCAUAGAUAGGGAUGAAUAUAAGGAUUUCUCACCCCAGGGUACAGAGUGUAAUUCAUGAUCAGCUGGUUAUUGGCAACCAUCAGUGCAACAAAUUUCGCCAACAAUAUUUUGAGAGUAAAUCAGUGGGUCCACUUGUAGAGGCUUCUGGUUGCCGGUUUCUAUGGUUACCUUCUCACUUCACUCCCAGCAGUUCCUAAGCUUGUCUGUUAGUAUCUGUCAAUUCAGGUGAUGGUUGCCAAAGCAUAAAUAGCUUGGACCAAAUAUUAUGUUUUCUCAGAUAUAUUUCCUUCCUCUAGAAAUCUCAAGGGCUGGGGGUACUCCCUUAAGGCUACAAAUGAUAGGCCUAUGCGACACCAUAGUUUUUGUUUUUAGCCUUUUGGGUAUUAGUAAAAUUGGGUGUAUUUAUUUUAGAAUUGAUUCUACAACAAUAAUUUAAAAAAAAUUUGGGUCUGAAAUAGCAUAAGUAUUUUUCCUUCUGUAACAAGGGUCUGAAAUUGAUUAUGUUAGUUACCAUUUUUGACCUUGACGAAGAACACCGCAAUUCAGGUCUUAAAUAAGGUAGCUGGCCAGGAAAGUCAAAAUUCCUCACUCUGAAAUUGGGCAAGGGUUUCCAUGACACAUGCUGGAUGCAUUCAUAUCUGGGUUAUUUUUAGUCUACGGUAACUGCCUUUUUUCAGAAACUGAAGUUACAAGAUUUCAGUAUGAAUUAGAUGACUGAUCAGUUUAACUGGCCAGCAAUUUAGGAAAAAUAAUUUAAUUUACCAGUUUGUGUCAUUAAAAGCAAUAACUUGCCUGUUUUCAGCAGCAAGUAGAGUAAUUAACAUAAGGUCUCUAUUCUAAUUGACAUCAUUCUAAUUAAUCCUGUAGCUGCUGAACCUGUUUUUUAAUCUGCUCAAUGGAAUCUUGUUUAACAUUACUAGGCAUAACUAGUUGGGAACAUUGAUUAAUUUAUUCAUUAUUAGAAAUUAUUACUGGACAUUGUAAUGAAAAUCAACACCUUGCUGUCAAGAUCUUAAAGGAGGUCACAGGCAUUACCUGUCUUCUACAUCUCCCAUUAACUUAAUUAGACAAGUAAUCUGGGAAAAAUACCACUUUUAGACAUCUUGAUCUUCCUAGCAGGGUGUUUUUACUGAUUUAUAAGCAAAGGAAGCGACUAAAAAGUGGGCAUAAUAAUAAUAAUUUAUAAAAUAAGUGUUCAACCGUUUUAAACUCAAAGGUAACAAAAAUGUUUUGAGGGGAAGUCACAAAUUUAUUUUGAAAAACAAAUCAGCUAGCUACAGUAUUAAAUAUUUAUAGUUUAUCUUAUUUUGAAAAACAAAUUAAUGCAGUGUAUAAAUUUAUCUGGGGGAUGAAAUCAGGAAAGUAUAUAUAUUUUUUUUCUCCUCUUAAAAUGUGACCACUUUUCUUUUUUGGUGGGAUUUGAUUGGUAAUAAUGCUUCCUUUGCUUACAAUAAUCAGUCAGCCAUUUGCAGAAUGGCACCACAUGACUGCAACUGUCAACCAGAAUCCUGUAGUUUUUCAAGGGUCAGUUUAGGCUAUUGUUGUUUUAACCUUGCUGGGAUUACUGGAUUUAAAUAAGCUAACGUAAGGGAAAGUAAUGAGAAUUCUGGGAGUAUUGCAAGUCAAGUGAAGCCAUGGUGAAAAUGGCCAAUAGGAUUUCAUAUUAUUUCCUAACAUACAGCAAGCUCAUUAGCACACUCAAGACCUCGAAUUAAGUUCCAGUUGGCUUGAAUUAAGCCACAAGCAGCAAAAAUUGUUCAUAAUUGAAUCAUUCUCAUUUGAAUACAUUUUUCCAUCAACUUUUUCAACAGACAGACGAAAGUUUUGAUUUUUUCCUUCAAACAAUAAGGCACUUUCAAAGAGGAGAAAAACAACUACAAAACAAACCAAGGAGUGCACAAUAUUUACCUAUAACUAAUGGAUUCAUAGAUUUACCAUGUUAGGUUAAUACAAACCACUGCCUCCCAUCCCAGAAUAAUUAUUUUUUAGGUUAUAUAUAUAUAUAUUUUACUGUUUAAGGUGAUCACUGGUCUACAUGGUACCUCAAACUUGCAUUUUUAGUCUAAAUCUAGAAAGAAAAGUUAGGUCUGUUAAUGUCACUUCUUGCUCAGAUGUGCAUUAGUGCAAUGCCUUUUAAAAGUUUAAGAAUUAAGCUUUCAACACAUUCCAGGUUUCCAGACUAUUGAUCACCAUCACAACAUUCUGUUAAACUCUCUGUAGGUAUAAUGUGUAUGUCUUCAUUUCUUGGUGUUACAAAGUUCCUGCUUUCUGAAACAGGUUAGGGAUUUAAACAAAAUGAUUUUUUUGCCUAUUUUUUUUUCUCUAUAGGAGCUGUGUAGGUUAGAAUUUCGUUCUUUGCGGGUAGUGAUCUGCCACUAUAUAACUAGUAACAGACUAGAUUUAUUAGUAAUAGUUUAACUCUUUACAUCCUUUUCCUUCCGGGCGCUGUGUUGUAACACCAAGGAUACAAGGCAAUUAUGUUUAAUAAGUGCUAAUGGGCUUGCAUUUACUACUUAAAGUGUUUGGUUCUUAUUUAAUUUCAGCCUCAGGUGGCACACGCACAAGAUUAGGAGCCCAUCAGUUGGGAAAGGUCAUAUUUAAAUCUAGCCAACCUCGUCCCCGCUGGGCUGUGGAAACUCUGCAUCUGAGAAGGUGGGAAUUCUGAUGUCCUCUGAGAUAUUCCAACUGAGAAAUCCUGGGAAACUUUAUCUGAUCCUGUAAUUCAUGCUGGGGGCAGUUGGACACUUGGAAGAUUUGGCCGUUUGUUCCCAAGUGGGGAGGACAGCGUGAAGGAAGGUGAGAGUUUGCUUCUCAUGUUCUUAGGGAUUCAUUCAUUUUGGUAUAAUACCACGCCUUUUUCCGGAAAAAUAAUAAAUAACCAUUUCGAUCAAGAAAGUUGCUUGUCUGCAAACAAUAUGUCUGGGAAUGUUUCACUGUUGAGGACGAAAAACGGGGGUGCAAGAACGUGCUCCCCGGCUCACGUAGUAGGUGUGUCGACGGAUGAUUCGAGGGCAGAGAACUGAGCACUGAAUGGCAUUGGUCUGGCUUGGGUGGAUUUUCACAAAUGACAUCAAAUUGAGCUGAUAGUCACUAAGAAUCUCUCUCAUGGGGGAGCAACUGGUUCAGGAUUUCUCUUCUAAACCUAAAGCUUUUCAUUUCCUAACAAUAUUUAUAGCUCUCCAAAAUAUUGCACAAAAACAAAAAUAGCAUAUAAUCAUUCCCAUAAUUGCCAAAUUUUGUACUGAUAUUUUUUGACUAGCUGAAAAUAACUAAAACCGUAAAACGAAACAACGCUCAUAAAUAGGUCCAAAUUUAUUUCAUUUCCAUCUUUUUCAUACCUGAAUAGCUGAAAAUUUAACUAAAACCGUAACAACAAAACAACGCUCAUAAAUAGGUCCAAAUUUUAUUUUAUUUUCAUCUUUUUCCUGCGUCAGAUUAUAACAAAUUUAUCAAACUAAGUUUCGGUUACAUCAACAUCUGGUUUUUUUACCUAUUGUUUUUUGGUCAACUGAAAACAAUGGGCAAACAAACAUGGCUGUUGAUGUUAGACUAAUAAUAUCAGCUUUAGAUACUAAACCAUUUUCGAAAUAAGGAAAUACUUGAUUAAUCAGACAGCUGUGGUAAUCUGCUCUAGAUCCUUAUUUUUAAGAAGGACAUAGAAUAGAUUUCCUUGGGCUGUGUGAAAAAUCAGGUUAACUUGACCUAAAUUUCGGAUAGCCUUAAGUAAACAGCUAGAAUAAACAUUUUUGCUAAGUCUUAACUUUUCACGCUGUAGGGCACCUUCUCGGUGGUGACUUCAAUUGAUGCUUCAAAUUUGGGUUUCGGAUAUAGGCCUGGAACCAUAUAGUUAAGAUCAUUUUGUUAUAUUAAAAAUUAUAUAUUUGGCUAGUUCCAGUCAUUUAUCGGAAUCCCGAUUUGAAGUAUCCAUUCCAGUCACGACCGUAUUUCCACGCUAUUUGGGCUAUUGUCACGAUCGUCACGCAGUGCUGGUACAGUCGGCUAACGUGACCAUCGUGACUAAAGCUUCGAAUCUCGUGGGAACUUAAAGACAGGACAGUUUAAAUAAUUAUUAAGCAGAAAAACAUAAAGAUUUAAAGACUUGCUAUCAAAUCCAAAUUUGUUUAAGGAACUGAAACAUUAAAUUUUACUAGCAUCACAUUUCUUUCGCACUAAUUUCUUAAGGUAGAAAUAAACCUUUAUUUCAAUGCGAGAAUUAAUCGAAUUAUUUCUACGGAAAGCAAAACAAGCAAAAUUUUAAAUCAUCUGCAAGAUCGCUUUAAUCCCUUUAGCUUGGCGAAAUUUGACGGCGAACCUACGAGGCACUUAUUUAAACGAAUUCAACAUUAGAUUAUAAGGGCAACCAAUUUUAAGAUAUAAAACGAAAUAUUUAAAGCACAAUUUACGCGGCACUGUAGCAGUACUGCGUAAAUUGUGCUUCUUAAUCUUUCGCUUUAUGACUUUCAGAUAAUUUCGACUCUUUAGAAUAACCUCAAUAAUAAACGACGCGUAAACAAUCCACGUAAUUUUCACUUUCAAAUUUCCUUUAAUGUAGGUCUAAACACUAAAUACUAAACAAUAACUAGGACGAGAGAAAUCCAGUAUCAGUAGCUUCGCAGAGGAGAGAUUAUUUUUGACUUGUGCUUUUUGGUGAAGUUUGUGGGAUGAAGGUCGGUCAGACCAUCGCGAUUCUUUGUUCAAUUUUCUGGGCAUCGAUGACGGAGACCCACUGAAGACUGAGUUUCACUGUCUUGCACCCUCUUUUUUCUUGUCCACGACUCUGGAUAUUUUUCACGAUAUAUUGACUUUGCAGACACGCACUUUCAAACCAAAAUUAUAGUUUUCACUACAAAUUGUUUUGGCUAAUUUUAAUUCAGAAUUAAUGUGGUGUGGUAUUGUGACAAAGUUGAGUGAUACCCUGAGGGCAUGAGGAGCAAACUCUCACUUUCCUUCACGCUGCCCUCUCCACUUGGGGACAAACGGCCAAAUUUUCUAAGUGUCCAACUGCCCCCAGCUUGAAUGGAGGGAUCAGAUAAAAUAGACCAGGAUUUUAAAGUUGGAAUAUCAAAUGCGGACAGAACAAUGAACACCGACUCGGAGCGGAGUGGAAGCAGUCCGGCAGGGACGGCGGAGGCUAGAUUACUUUUUUUUUUGUAUUUUUUUAUUGUAAAUACAAGGACAACAGAGACAAGCUUUAUUCGUUCAAUAAAAUACUGUUAUCUUCAGUACCUGUGCUGUUUACUUUGUAAUCCAACUACUUGAGUGAACCAGAUAACCCCCCUUAAGGCUCAGACACAGUAAAACAUUACGCGCAGUAAAGGNACAAAUUGUUUUGGCUAAUUUUAAUUCAGAAUUAAUGUGGUGUGGUAUUGUGACAAAGUUGAGUGAUACCCUGAGGGCAUGAGGAGCAAACUCUCACUUUCCUUCACGCUGCCCUCUCCACUUGGGGACAAACGGCCAAAUUUUCUAAGUGUCCAACUGCCCCCAGCUUGAAUGGAGGGAUCAGAUAAAAUAGACCAGGAUUUUAAAGUUGGAAUAUCAAAUGCGGACAGAACAAUGAACACCGACUCGGAGCGGAGUGGAAGCAGUCCGGCAGGGACGGCGGAGGCUAGAUUACUUUUUUUUUUGUAUUUUUUUAUUGUAAAUACAAGGACAACAGAGACAAGCUUUAUUCGUUCAAUAAAAUACUGUUAUCUUCAGUACCUGUGCUGUUUACUUUGUAAUCCAACUACUUGAGUGAACCAGAUAACCCCCCUUAAGGCUCAGACACAGUAAAACAUUACGCGCAGUAAAGGCUGGUUUUUACCAACGACAUGAACACAAGCGUCAGUUUAGUAAAGACAUCAACAACAAAAGCAUAAGCACAACUUUAGGAAAACCACGCACUUAUUAUAACUCUUCUUCCGCGCUACGAAUUCAACACAACAUAAGCACCAGCAAGAUAAACUAAAACAAAGUUUGUUUUGUUGUGCUCAGCUCGUGUUGUGUUAAUCCUUUACGACGAGAAAACAAGAAUAAGUUCGUAUGUUCACCAAUUCUUUGUGCUCAUACCUUCAGUUUUGUAUUUUAAAAAACUUCAGUUGUUGAUGACCUCACUAAACUUAAGCCCGUGGUACGCCGCUAUUAAAAUCCAGCUUUAAAAUUACACUGUGUUUCCACCCCUAAAAACCUUGUCCGAAAUUUUCAAAAGCAAAAAUUAAUACUGUGAUGUGAUAUGAUGUGAUGAUGUGAUGUAGAAACACAGUGCAAAGUUACUGCGCGAAAUGUUUCACUGUUUUGUCCGAGCCUAAAAAUUAGCCAAGUUCUGCUUCACAUACUAUAAAGCUUUAAGCAAUCAAGAAAGUGACGGCAGCAAGAUCGGCACUUGAAAAAAUAAUUAGCAGUUAUGCGAACUUCAGUUGUUGUUUAAAUUUUCUGAGCAUUUUAACUGAUUUACCUAUUAAUUUGAACUUCGUAAGCGCGCGUUUUGAAUUUGAUAUUUCAUCGCUAAAUGUUUGUGUUUCGUCUCAAAACCUUGAAUUUUUUAUCAUUACUUUUCUUGUUGUUUUGCAUACAAAAGCGAAUAAACUUGCAAAAAAGUGAAGGCGAGCGAGCUGGGAAAGCCUUCUGUUACUGUUUAAAUUUUCUCAGCAUUUUAAAUUUACCUAUUAAUUUGAACUUUGUACGCGCGCGUUUUGAAUUUGAUAUUUCAUGGCUAACUUCCGUCUCAAAACCUUGAUUUUUUUGAUUAUUACUUUUCUUGUUUUGCAUACAAAAGCGAAUAAAUGUGCAAAAACAACGAAGGUGAGCGUGCUAGGAAAGCUAAGCCUUCUGUUAUUGUUUUUUAAAAUUUUCUCAACACUUUAAAUUUACCUAUUAAUUUGAACUUUGUACGCGCGCGUUUUGAAUUUGAUCUUUCACGGCUAAAUGUUUGUGUUUCGUCUCAAAACCUUCAAUUUUUGAUUACUUUUGUUGUUGUUUUGCGUACAAAUACCAAUAAAUGUACAGAAGAAUUAAAGCGAGCGUGCAUGUGAAGCCUUCUGUCAAGUGCCAUUGUUGCUGCCUUGUCGUUGUGAUUGCUUGAGCUCCAAAAGUUGGGAAAACAUAAAAAAAUAAACUUCAGACUUUUUCUGUGAGCGGUUUGUUUCUCAUUAAACGCCAUCCCAUGAAAUACAUGCACAUAGAAAAAAACCUAACAAAAAACCUUUACUAUUUCCUUCAUCGGAUGUCAAACGUGCGUAUGAUCUUCUUCGCGGUCGUUUUUUGGCUUCACGAAUUUACGUGACGAGCCUAAAUAACGGCCGAAAAAAGACUCCGAGUUUGAUACGAGUUGAUUUUAAUCAGAAUUUCAAUUUAGACAUGUAUUUAUGGAUUGCAGUUAUUGUAAAACAAACCGCUUAUCUGAAGGCCUUUAGGUUACUAUGAACUUUCAGUCCCAAGUUUUAACAUGUUAUUUUCUUUACUAAAUGCUGCGGAUUUUCUUUACCAUCACUUCUGAGAAUUUGUCAGUUGAUCAAGACAAAGCCUCCCCACUCAUCAUAAUUAUGUUUAUUUUCAACACCCUUCUACUUGGUAAUUUACUCAAAGAAGUAAAGAGAAAUAACAUGCUGAUCACUCUGGAACUGAAAAAGACGAGUGCAAGUUUUCAAAAUCUCCCCACUUUAAUUUGCGUCCUCAGAUUACUCAAGGUUCCAUGCACAUUCUUGUUGGGAAAUUGUACCACUGUCAAGCGCAAGUAACACUGCAGCAGAAAUUUUGGCAACGUUCGUUUUACAUGUGGUUGUGUUUCAAAAUUAAUUUAUUUUUCAUUUUGAUGGUUGUCAGAAGUACAGCCAAACCACUUUCAUAGAGUCAUGGUCAAAGCUCUAACUGUUUUGUUCUAAGGUUUUAGAUGACCACCUUUCAAAUUCGCAGUUAAUCAAAAUGUGCAAAUUGAAAUUCCAGUUCAACCACGCCAAAUGCAACUUUUUAUCUACGGAAACUGUUUAGCGUGAAGAUUUUCUGUUACAAGAAACAAAAAAGAACCGGACAAACACCAACACCCCAGCUUAAAGUGAAACUGAAAACUGAAAUUGAAUUUUAGAAUUUUGAAUCUUUCCUUUCGUUAACUGAAAAAUAACCCUCAAGAAUAGGAAGAUUAGUUGCUGCAGUGAUGAAUGUUAGGUAAACAAGCUCAAAAACAAGACAGCAGAUUAAUUUGAUGACUGCAGUUUGGCGUAAGAACAAACACUCCUCUUCUACCACCCCCCACCCGCCCCCCAACCCCACCCCCACCACCCACCCACCACACCACCCCACCACCCACACCCCCCAUACGCACCACCCAAAAGAAAGCCAAAAACAAGACACCAAUUAUUUUUGUUGUCACAAUGUUGGGGGCAACUAAAACCCCCCUCUUCCCCCCCCCCCCCCCCCCCCCCCCCCCCCCCCCCCCCCAUAAAACAAAGUCUUAAGGAAGGACUGUUCAAUUUCAUAGUGAAGAUGCUGUACUGCAGAGUUCAGGCUGAUGAUUUGAUUGGUUGUAUAAUUAUUAUAAUGUUUAAAAUACUUAACAGCCAGCAAGAAGCAGUGCAUCAUCAUUAUGAAAUGUAUUCAGUCAUUCCUCAGACUUUAUUGCAUGCUGGGGAAUCGCCUUUUUUCAGAGAAGUUGAGGAUGAGCAAGAGAGAUUUCAAAAACAAUGCACUCGACAAGCUCACAGAAAACAAAUCUAUGAGUCAGCACAGAUAUGCAAUCUACCGACUACACCAUAUCAAAAACCAAACAAAAAUAAUGCAACUGUGAAUUGUCCAGACAAGCUGCGAGUUCAGUUCAAUAGUCAGUCAGCAUAUUAAGUCAGAAUAAAACCUAGAGGCAGUCUCUCUUCUAGAACACAAGUCAGCCAGCAACAACCUGAUUUCUGUAAUUGGUUUUAAUAUGGGAAAUAGGGUUUUUAAAUUAAUUGAUCACGUGAUCAACAUUCCGUAAACACACACAAAAAAUCAUUUUAGAAUACUUAUUUUGGAACAAACUCAAAGAAAAUAUAAAAAUUAUGUAAUUUGAACAUUUUCAGCUGUAUAUCUCAGAAGAAGCGAUUACAACGGCCCCGAAAGUAAGAAGAAUUUGUACUCAGUCAACUGUGGGAUGAACCAGUUAGGUGGCUGCAUGAACACAGUUUCUCUGGAACUGCUUUAGCCAUUUUACUGGUCAUGAAGAGAUAGGCAGCCGAUAAGCCCUUUUAUUAAAAAUUGCAAGCAAAAAUAGAAAAAUGCCCAAACGUUGUCACUGGAAAUUGAUUCUGCUUUCACCGAUCACUUUUGACAUAAAGAUUAUUUACUGGACGAUCUCCGCACGCGGAAAAGUGUUGAACAUGAGCGUACUUAGGGAGAAAUGUAAGAGCGCUUGUUCUCUUGACUUUCAUAUAGGCAAUGUAAACAAAUCACAACAUCAAAAAUCCACAAGUUAGUCAAGUAUUUUAUCAGUCAGAGGCACAGCUAUUGAAGCAAUUAGUCAAUGAAUACAUGUAAGUCGCAAUCAGUCAAUCAACACAUGUAAGUCACUGUUAGCCCAGUAUUACAUCAGUCAAUCACACAGCUGCUGCUGAUGUAAUCAGUCAAUCAAUACAUGUAAGUCACAGUCAGUUAGUCCAGUAUUACAUCAGUCAAACACACAGCUGAUGCUGAAGCACUCAAUCAAUCAAUACAAUUUGUAAGUCACAGUCAGUUAGUCCAGUAUUAUAUCAGUCAAACACACAGCUGAUGCUGAAGCACUCAAUCAAUCAAUACAUGUAAGUCACUCUCAGUUAGUCCAGUAUUAUAUCAGUCAGACACUCAGCUGCUGCUGAGGCAACCAGUCAAUAAAUACACGUAAGUCACUGUCAGGUAGUCCAGUAUUACAUCAGUCAAACACAGAGCUGCUGCUGAGGCAACCAGUCAAUAAAAACAUGUAAGUCACUGUCAGUUAGUCCAGUAUUAUAUCAUUCAGACACAGCUGCUGUUGAAGCAACCAGUCAAUCAACAAAUGUAAAUCACUGUCAGUUAGUCCAGUAUUAUAUCAGUCAAUCACACAGCUGCUGCUGAGGGAAUCAGUCAAUCAACAAAUGUAUGUCACUGUCAGUUAGUCCAGUAUUAUAUCAGUCAGACACACAGCUGCUGUUGAGGGAACCAGUCAAUCAAUACAUGUAAGUCACUGUCAGUUAGUCCAGUAUUACAUCAGUCAAACACACAGCUGCUGCUGAGGUAAUCAGUCAAUCAAUACAUGUAAGUCACUGUCAGUUAGUCCAGUAUUACAUCAGUCAGAUACACAGCUGCUGCUACUGAGGCAACCAGUCAAUCAAUACAUUUAAGUCACUGUCAGUUAGUCCAGAAUUAUAUCAGUCAGACACACAGCUGCUGUUGAGGCAACCAGUCAAUCAAUACAUGUAAGUCACAGUCAGUUAGUCCAGUAUUACAUCAGUCAAACACACAGCUGAUGCUGAAGCACUCAAUCAAUCAAUACAUGUAAGUCACUGUCAGUUAGUCCAGUAUUAUAUCAGUCAGACACACAGCUACUGCUGAGGCAACCAGUCAAUCAAUACAUGUAAGUCACAGUCAGUUAGUCCAGUAUUACAUCAGUCAAACACAGAGCUGAUGCUGAGGCAAUCAGUCAAUCAAUACAUGUAAGUCACUGUCAGUUAGUCAACAGCUUCUGAGGCAGUUACAUUAUACUAGCCAUUGAGAAACACAGUCAAUCCAGCAAAAAAAUUCUUCCUUUGAAAUGAAGAGAACACCACAUUGUCAAUCUACCAAUAACGUCAAUAAUUUUGAUAGUUCCUUAGUCAUUCAGACAGCAGCUAUGUACAUGUAAGUUGUCAGUCAAUCACUGAGUCACUAAAACAUUCCACCAAGUCAGUUAGACAAUUAGCAGCUUCUGAGACAGUUAGCCAGCCAUUGAGAAACACUGAAUCAGUCCAAUAAAAAUAAUAAUAAUAAUUUGCAUUUACAAUGGUCAAUAGAUUAUAAUUUCCAUCAGUGAGCACGCCUCAGUUAUUAAUUGGUCCAUCACCUGGGGUCAAUUUAAAGGUUGCUGUGAAAGUUAUUCUGUCAGACAGGCAAUAAUUUCUUGACCUCAAAACCAUUCAAUCAGUUUUACUUUAAAGGGUAGCAUGUACUGUAGAUUGCAUAUCCAUACUAGUACCAGUUUGGUCAUAAUAAUUAUGUUCAGCAGAACUUGGCUUUGAUUAAAUAAAAAAAACUGUGACACGGUUGAACAAAGUAGAUUAAUGCUAAUCCAGGAGAAAACUAACAGCAACCAUGAAGAUUUUUGCAUUAGUUAACACUUCACCAACAAUUGUACGUAACCUGGAAUUUAGUAGUCAAAAUAUUAAUGCGAAAUAGAGGUGUUUCUGCUGCACUGAUAGUGCAAUUUUGUGCUAAUAUGUCUAUAAAUUUAAUUAAAACAGGAAAAAGGAUAGAAUAAACUUAUUUAGGUGCUCUUAUUUAAGUGCCAAAUUUAAUCAGAUUAAGUCACUGUUAUUCAUGAUCAAUGACUUGGGUUGAAAUGCUAGUUGCCGGCUGAAUUGCCAAGAGUACAGACCGCUGAGUCCUGACUGUUAAGGAAAACACUCCACAUGAUGAUCAUAAUCUUUAACCAUUUUACUUUGGAAACUUUUGUAUAAUAAUCUCCAAUCCUGGGUUCAAACAAUUUGAAUUAUCAUACGUCAAAUCAAAAUGUGGUACAAAAUUAAUGUUGAGCAAGCUGUAAUAAUCAUUUUGAUCUAUUGUUUAGCAUGGAAUUCUCUUUUUUGUAUUUUGGUUUGCUUGCAAAAAGUGAAUUAAUUUGUCUGCUUUAUUGGAAACAGAAAGAUUGAUGAACUUCUACAUGUAGUUCCAGUUGCUGUGGUACACUUGAUGGUGAAGUAAUAAAAUAAUUAUCGUAAAAAGAAAGAACUAGGUACAGCUUUCCCUGGAUUAGCUUAACGAUACUUUGACCAAACACAGGUUACAGUUCAGCUUAUCUGGUUCACUCAAGAGCUGGAUUACAAAGUAAAAUGUACAGCACUUACAGUACUGAAGAUAAGCUCUAACUCAAUUUGGGCUGCUCAUGAAGUCUUGAUACAUUCUGGGGCAUCUGAUCUGGAAAGAAAAGUUCAAAAUAAUUAUGUUACAGCUCAUUAAUUAAUUUUACUGAUUAUAAAUGUCCAAAACAGACCUAAUUCCAGCAUAUAUAAUUUAUUAGCAGCCACAUUUGAAUAUAGCAUCUUGAUGAUCUGAUUAAUGAAGCACACUCCUGUUCAGCCAUAAGAGGGAGCUUUAGCAUCGACAACAGCAAUGGCAGCGAAAACGUCACAUUAUUUUAAAAUCAGGGUUCAUACUGGAUUUGGAUCCAAAAAUCAAGACUUUCUCCAGACUUUUUUCCAAAACAGCAGUUUUUUUUACGAGACUCAAGGUUGUCAAAAUAGGUGAUCGAUAGAGACCCUAAAAAAGGCAGGAACCAAGCUUUUUUCACGAGGGGGUACAAACUUAGCUGCAAUAUUGAAAAAAGAUUUCACCAACACAAAACAAAUUUCACUUAAAAGCACCUGUUGUAGCUUAGCUUAAAAGACAAAAUGAAAUAAGAUAAGAAAAAAAAACUUUUACAUGACUUUAUUCCUUUUUUUCUCAGACUUUUUCCAGGGCUGGAAAAUUGCUCAGCAAAUUUCAAGACUUUCAAUAAUUCAAGAAUCUGUACGAACCCUAAAAAUGACUUUGCAUUUUUCCAAACUUUGGCACAUUUAUUCCUUUUUGAUGAGAAGGUCAAAUGUAGGUGAAUUUCCCUGGAGUUGAUUUCUCGGGGACACUCAGAAAGAAAAAUUUGUUCUUGCUUAUUUAUUUCCUCCAUAACACAUGAAAUUAGGCAUUUUCAUGUCAUAGUCAUGCAGAGACUUAUCAAAACAGUGUACUCAUCAAAACCUAUUGCUUUUUUGACAUUCUCAAUGCGUGGUCGUCUUCAUUGCUAAAGCUCCCUGUUAACUGGAAAAAAAGUGUCCCUUUCCUUUCUCAAGGCAUAUCUCAAGCUUGAAUAUCAGGGAGGUUUCUCCUUCAAAGAUGUUCAAUAUAACUGUAACAAAAAUCAGAAACUUUGAAAAAGUAAAAUGUACUGCACUUACCAUACUGAAGAUAAUCUCUAACUAAAUCCAGGCUGCUAAAGUCUUGAUCCAAGAUCUUGAUCUGCAGCAUCUGAUCUGGAAAGAAAAGUUGAAAAUGUACUUCAGCUCAUUAAUUCACUGAUCAUUAAUUGACUAAAAUAAUAACAAUUUCCAGAACAGACCAAUUAAUUCUAGUAUACCAUACUUGCAUAAAUAAUUAUUAGCAGCCACACUUGAAUAAGCACCUUGGCCUGAUUACUAUAAAUGAUCCGACAAGCGCCUGGUGCAUUUUUUUAAUUUGAGGGGCGUAUAAUAUAAGAUGAGCAUUAGAAUGGGAGAGGCAUUCAAUACCAUAACUAACCAUCUCAAAAAAACUGUUAUGCCUUUAAUUUCUCAAAAAUAUCACUUAAUACAAUGAGGCCCUCUAGACAUUUGCUUUUUCAAAUCUCAACAUCAUAUCGACAUCAUCAUCGAGAGUGGUAUGUGUUUCCUAGAUAGGGGAACAAAUAUUACUAGUAAUAUUUGUUUCCUAGGUAGGGGAACACAUCACUAGUGAUAUGUGUUUCCUGGGUAGAGAAACACAUAUCACUAAGGAUGUGUGUUCCUGGUAGGGGAAAUUCCAUUACAUAGUUUAUUAGCAGCCACAUUUGAAUAUAGCAUCUUGAUGAUCUGAUUAAGGGAGAAUACUCCCGUUCAGCCAUAAGAGGGAGCUUUAGCAUCGACAACGGCAACGGCAAUGGCAGCGAAAACGUCACAUUAUUUGAAAACCAGGGUUCAUAGUGGAUUUGGAUCCAAAAAUCAAGACUUUUUCCAGACUUUUUUCCAAAACAGCCAUUUUUUUUACCAGACUCAACGUUAUCAAAAUAGGUGAUCGAUAGAGACCUUAAAAAAGGCAGGAACAAAGCUUUUUUCAUGAUGGGCUGCAAACUUAGCUGCGAUAUUGAAAAAAGAUUUCACCAAAACAAAACAAAUUAGCACCUGUUGCAGCGUAGCUUAAAAAAAUAAAAUAACAAAAAAACUCUGACAUGACUUUAUUCCAUUUUUCCAGACUUCACCCCAUUUACCAGACUUUUACCAAGGCUGGAAAAUUGCUCAGCAAAUUUCAAGACUUUCAAUAAUUCAAGAAUCUGUACGAACCCUAAAAAUGACUUUGCAUUUUUUCAAACUCUGGCGCAUUUAUUCCUUUUCAAUGAGAAUGCCAAAUGCAGGGGAAUUUCCCUGGAGUUGAUUUCUUGGGGACAAUACUCAGAAAGAAAAUUUUGUUGUUGCUUAUCUAUUUCCUCCAUGUGGUUUUCACGUCGUAGUCAUGCAGAGACUUAUCAAAACAGUGUACUUAUCAAAACCUAUUGCUUUUUUGACGUUCUCAAUGCGUGGUCAUCUUCAUUGCUAAAGCUUCCUAAUUACUGGAAAAUAAGUGUCCCUUUCCUUUCUUUAGGCAUAUCUCAAGCUUGUAUAUCAGGGAGGUUUUUCCUUCAAAGAUUUUCAAUAUAACUUUAACAAAAAUCAGACACUUUGAAAAAGUAAAAUGUACUGCACUUACUGUACUGAAGAUAAUCUCUAACUAAAUCCAGGCUGCUAAAGUCUUGAUCCAAUCUGUAGCAUUUGAUCUGGAAAGAAAAGUUGAAAAUAUACUUCAGCUCAUUAAUUCACUGAUCAUUAAUUGACUAAAAUAAUAACAAUUUCCAGAACAGACCAAUUAAUUCUAGUAUACCAUACUUGCAUAGAUAAUUAGUAGCAGCCACAUUUGAAUAAGAACCUUGGCCUGAUUACUAUAAAUGACCUGACAAGCGCCUGGUGCAUUUAUUUAAUUUUGGGGGGACGUAUAACAUAAGAUGAGCAGGCAUUAAAAAGAGAGAGGCAUUCAAUACCAUAACUAACCACCUAAACAAAACUCAUAUGCCUUUAAUUUCUCAAAAAUAUCACUUAGUACAAUGAGGCCCCCUAGAGAUUUGCUUUUUUCAAAUCUCAAUGUCACAUCGACAUCAGCAGCAGAGUGGUAUGUGUUUCCUAGAUAGGGGAACAAAUAUGACUAAUAAUAUUUGUUUCCCGGGUAGGGGAACACAUCACUAGUGAUAUGUGUUUCCUCGGUAGAGAAGCUCAUGUCACUAAGGAUGUGUGUCCUGGUAGGGGAAAUUCCAUCAUAUAUAUAGUUUAUUAGCAGCCACAUUUGAAUAUAGCAUCUUGAUGAUCUGAUUAAGGGAGAACACUCCCGUUCAGCCAUAAGAGGGAGCUUUAGCAUCGACAACAGCAAUGGCAGCGAAAACGUCACAUUAUUUUAAAAUCAGGGUUCAUACUGGAUUUGGAUCCAAAAAUCAAGACUUUUUUGAGACUUUUUUCCAAAACAGCAGUUUUUUUACCAGACUCAACGUUAUCAAAAUAGGUGAUCGAUAGAGACCUUAAAAAAGGCAGGAACAAAGCUUUUUUCAUGAUGAGCUGCAAACUUAGGUGCAAUAUUAAAAGAAGAUUUCACCAAAAUAAAACAAAUUUCUCUUAGAAGCACCUGUUGUAGCUUUUAAAAAAAUAAAAUAAAAUAAAAGAAGAAAAAAAACCCCAACAUAACUUUAUUUCAUUUUCCAGACAUUACCUCCAUUUACCAGACUUUUUCCAGGGCUGGAAAACUCAACCAAUUUCAAGACUUUUUCAAUAAUUCAAGAAUCUGUACCAACCCUAAAAAUGACUUUGCAUUUUUUCAAACUCUGGCAUAUUUAUUCCUUUUUGAUGAGAAGGUCAAAUGUAGGUGAAUUUCCCUGGAGUUAAUUUCUUGGGGACAGUACUCAGAAACAAAAAUUUGUUGUUGCUUAUUCAUUUCCUCCAUGUGAUUUUCACGUUGUAGUCAUGCAGUGACUUAUCAAAACAGUGUACUUAUCAAAACCUAUUGCUUUUUUGACGUUCUCAAUGCGUGGUCGUCUUCAUUGCUAAAGCUCCCUAAUUACUGGAAAAUAAGUGUCCUUUCCUUUCUCAAGGCAUAUCUCAAGCUUGUAUAUCAGAGAGGUUUCUCCUUCAAAGAUUUUCAAUAUAACUUUAACAAAAAUCAGACACUUUGAAAAAGUAAAAUGUACUUCACUUACCAUACUGAAGAUAAUCCCUAACUAAAUCCAGGCUGCUUAAGUCUUGAUCCAAUCUGCAGCAUCUGAUCUGGAAAGAAAAGUUGAAAGUUUACUUCAGCUUAUUAAUUUACUGAUCAUUAAUUGACUAAAAUAAUAACAAUUUCCAGAAAAGACCAAUUAAUUCCAGUAUACCAUACUUGCAUAAAUAAUUAUUAGUAGCCACAUUUGAAUAAGCACCUUGGCCUGAUUACUAUGAAUGAUCUGACAUGAUCUGACAAGUGCCUGCUGCAUUUAUUUAAUUUGAGGGGCGUAUAAUAUAAGAUGAGCAUUAGAAAGAGAGAGGCAUUCAAUACCAUAACUAACCAGCCCAACAAAACUCAUAUGCCUUUAAUUUCUCAAAAAUAUCACUUAAUACAAUGAGGCCCUCUAGACAUUUGCUUUUUCAAAUCUCAACAUCAUAUCGACAUCAUCAUCGAGAGUGGUAUGUGUUUCCUAGAUAGGGAAACAAAUAUCACUAGUAAUAUUUGUUUCCCGGGUAGGGGAACACAUCACUAGUGAUAUGUGUUUCCUGGGUAGAGAAACACAUAUCACUAAGGAUGUGUGUUCCUGGUAGGGGAAAUUCCAUUAUAUAUAUAGUUUAUUAGCAGCCACAUUUGAAUAUAGCAUCUUGAUGAUCUGAUUAAGGGAGAACACUCCUGUUCAGCCAUAAGAGGGAGCUUUAGCAUUGACAACGACAACGGCAAUGGCAGCGAAAACGUCACAUUAUUUUAAAAUCAGGGUUCAUAGUGGAUUUGGAUCCAAAAAUCAAGACUUUUUCCAGACUUUUUUCUAAAACAGCAGUUUUUUUUCACCAGACUCAACAUUAUCAAAAUAGGUGAUCGAUAGAGACCUUAAAAAAGGCAGGAACAAAGCUUUUUUCACGAUGGGCUGCAAACUUAGCUGCAAUAUUGAAAAAGGAUUUCACCAAAACAAAACAAAUUUCACUUAAAAGCACCUGUCGUAGCAUAGCUUAAUAAAAUAAAAUAAAAUAAGAAAAAAAACUCUGACAUGACUUUAUUCCAUUUUUCCAGACUUUAACUCCAUUUAACAGACUUUUACCAAGGCUGGAAAAUUGCUUAGCAAAUUUCAAGACUUUCUCAAUAAUUCAAGAAUCUGUACAAACCCUAAAAAUGACUUUGCAUUUUUUCAAACUCUCGCACAUUUAUUCCUUUUCGAUGAGAAGGUCAAAUGUAGGUGAAUUUCCCUGGAGUUGAUUUCUUGGGGACAGUACUCACAAAGAAAACUUUGUUGUUGCUUAUUUAUUUCCUCCAUGUGAUUUUCACGUUGCAGUCAUGCAGUGACUUAUCAAAACAGUGUACUUAUCAAAACCUAUUGCUUUUUUGACGUUCUCAAUGCGUGGCCGUCUUCAUUGCUAAAGCUCCCUAAUUACUGGAAAAUAAGUGUCCUUUCCUUUCUCAAGGCAUAUCUCAAGCGUGUAUAUCAGGGAGGUUUUUCCUUCAAAGAUGUUCAAUAUAACUGUAACAAAAAUCAGCAACUUUGAAAAAGUAAAAUGUACUGCACUUACCAUACUGAAGAUAAUCUCUAACUAAAUCCAGGCUGCUUAAGUCUUGAUCCAAGGGGCAUCUGAUCUGGAAAGAAAAGUUGAAAAUGUACUUCAGCUCAUUAAUUCACUGAUCAUUAAUUGACUAAAAUAAUAACAAUUUCCAGAACAGACCAAUUAAUUCUAGUAUACCAUACUUGCAUUAAACAAUUAUUGGAUGAGGUUGAGCAUGAUAUCAUGAAUUAUCAAAACCGAGGUCUGUGUUACCUGCCGAAGCCGAAGGCUGAGGCAGAUAAUACAGACACGAGGUUUUGAUAAUUCAUGAUAUCAUGAAUGAUAAAUGCAAUAUCUGCAGCAGAUAUUGCAUUUAUCAUGUCAAGUUCACAAGCUAUUGUGAAUUGAUUGAAUGCUCUCGACCAAUCAGAUUUUUCAUUGUGAGUCUGAUGUAUAAUAAAAAUAAUUACUAGCAGCCACAUUUGGAUAAGCACCUUGGCCUGAUUACUAUAAAUGACCUGACAAGCCCCUGGUGCAUUUAUUUAAUUUUGGGGGGUGUAUAACAUAAGAUGAGCAGGCAUUAAAGAGAGAGAGGCAUUCAAUACCAUAACUAACUAGCUCAACAAAAACUCAUAUGCCUUUAAUUUCUCAAAAAUAUCACUUAAUACAAUGAGGCCCUCUAGAGAUUCACUUUUUCAAAUCUCUACACCAUAUCAACAUCAGCAUCGAGAGUGGUAUGUGUUUCCUAGAUAGGGGAACAAAUAUCACUAGUACUAUUUGUUUCCCAGGUAGGGGAACACAUCACUAGUGAUAUGUGUUUCCUGGGUAGAGAAACACAUAUCACUAAGGAUGUGUGUUCCUGGUAGGGGAAAUUCCAUUGUAUAGUUUAUUAGCAACCAUAUUUGAAUAUAGCAUCUUGAUGAUCUGAUUAAGGGAGCACACUCCCAUUUAGCCAUAAGAGGGAGCUUUAGCAUCAAUGACGGCAACAGCAGCGAAAAUCUCAUAUGUUGUCAAAGGACCAAUCUGCACACUCCCCUGGCAGUCACUUGAUCAACUUAUGUGCAAAUAGCUGUAAAUUCAUCAACCAUGGCAGGGGUUUCAAUAAAAAUUGAAGUAGCCAGCAGGUUUGAAUAGAGUAACCGACUGUAUCAACAAGUCCUCCUUUUUUAGGAGGGGAAGGGGGUCUGGGAGAGUUCUGCCCCAGAAAACUUUGAAAUUCCAAAGCCCUAAAAUGCGAUUUUCAGCAUUCUGGGCACUAAAUUUGAGGACGAAAGAGCGAAUUUUUUCAUUGAAGAAAAUGUAGCUUUCAAUUUAUCAGUCACGCAAUCAAUUCCUAGAGGCAAUGGACAAAUGAUGAAAAUGAAAUUACGUACUUUUCCAUGUAAACAAAUUUUGCGUAAACCUAUAAAGAAACUUGUGAAAAAAUGACUGAAAUAUAGCGUUCACAAAACUAAAGCAUAAUGUAAUAUCAGUGGGCCUUUAAGAAAACACAUCAUAAUUACAUCUUCAUUCAGAUGUUAUGAUAUAUUUUUUGUUUACAAUGUUAUUCAAACUAGUUGCUUCUUCUUUCUAGAAAAAAGUAGCCGACCUUUAAUGAGUAAAGUGGCUGAAGUGUUUCGUUGGCAGUCGGUGCUUAUUGAAAUCCCUGCAUGGAAUAAAACCUUCAGUCAACAAUAAAUUCAACGUUGGUAGUGUUGGCAUAAUCUACUAAUUUUUCUGUGAUUUUAGUACUCCUCCAUCCUACUUCAGGUUACUCUGAAAUACACUUCUACUUUGAAAUACACUCUGAGAAGGCUGAGAUACAUGUGAGUUGGAUUAUUAACCGAUAGAAUAAAUAAUAAAUUGGAAAAAAGUAAUUUAAUUAGUGAGCAUGCAAUGAACCAUGAACCUGUCCCUAUAAAAAAGUCAGGAACAAAGAUUUUUUCAUGAUGUGCUGCAAACAUAGGGGCGAGAUUGAAUAAGAUUUGCAUGAAACAAAUUUCACUUAUAAAACACUUGUUGUAUAUGUAGCUUACAUGGGCCUUUGUUUGUUCUGCUCUACAUCAAUAAUAAUAAUAAUAAUUUAAUAUUUAUAUUGUGCAAAAUACAUGUAUACAUGUAAAUAUGAUCAAAUGCGCAUUACAUGAAAGUAAAUUAUCGACAUUAAUAACUUAUCCAAAAUAACUAAAAGUCUUGUAUAAAAAACAAUGGAUCUAUAAAAAUAUAAUAUAUACAUAAUACUAAAAAAUCCUAAUAAAAAGCUAAUCUAAAAAAAUGGGUCUUAAGUAAACCUUUAAACCUAUGAAAAUUGGACUCAUUUCGUAUUUGUGAUGGUAAUCCAUUCCACAGUUUAGGUGCCGCAGCUAAAAAAAGCACGCUCCCCCACGGCUUUUUAGUUAAAGUUCUUGGCGUUUGAAGCAUGAUUCCCAUUGCACACGAUCUUAAAUUGUAUCUCUUUUCCUCCCUUUUGCUAAUGAGUUCUUGUAGAUAUACCGGAGCUUGUCCAUGGAUCACUUUAAAAGUAAUUAUAAUAAUCUUAAAAUGAAUCCUAAAUUCUACUGGAAGCCAAUGAAGCAUACACAGAAUUAGUGAGAUGUGACAAAACCUUGGAAUCAAAUUAAGUCUUGCUGCGGAAUUCUGGAGCUGUUGUAACUUUGCUAUUUGUUUAGCUGGUAACUCAUACAGAAUACUAUUACAAUAGUCAAUGGGCUCAAUUAUUAGGGCAUGAACAAGUGUCUGGGUUGCUUGGUUACUGAAAUACUUUCUUAUUCGUUUUACAUUUGUAAAUAUGUAGUAAUAGGCUGCUUUACACGUGUUAUUGAUAUUAACUUGAAGACUCAUGUUACUAUCUAUCCAUGUCCCUAAGUUCUUGACCGACUGAACAGGUGACACUUGAGCAUCCCCUACUGCAAGUGAGUCAACAUGAACCUUGGGUAGUUGCUGACGGGUGCCUAGUACUACAAACUCUGUUUUGCCAUCAUUGAUCUUCAGUUUGUCACACAGCAUCCAGGCUCUUAUCUCAUUUACACACCAUUCCAUAGCAGCAAUUGCAUCAUCGGUACUUGAGGCACAGCCAGGUUUAAACGCUAAAUAUAAUCGAGUAUCAUCUGCAUAAGCAUGAACACUAGGCAGGUGUCUCUUGACAACUUCAAACAGUUUACUGGCAUACAGAGUAAACAGUAACGGCCUUAAACAUGACCCUUGAGGGACUCCUUGAUUUAACUGUAGAGAUUCCGAACACUUGCCACUUAGUGAGACAUGCUGAGAAUGUCCCGAUAGGUAUGACGCAAACCACUCCAGUGCUGUACCUCAGAUCCCAAAACUUCUGCUCAGACGAGAUUGUAACACAAUGUUCCACCAUAUCGAAGGCAGCACUCAGAUCCAACAACACAAGCAGAAAAACUUCCUGAUGAUUCAUUACCAUUAAUAUGUCAUUAUAUAUCUUGAGUAAGGCUGUUUCUGUGCUGUGACCUCGUCUAUACGCAGAUUGCAACAAGGGGUAGAGGUCAUGUUCAGAAAGGUGUGCAUGUACCUGAACAAAUACUGCAUGCUCUACCAAUUUCGACACAUAUACAAUGAUAUCAUCAAUACGUCAACAAUAUUACAAUAAUAUUGAUAUCAUUUGCUGAUGAUAUGAACGUUUUUCUCUCUCACAAGGAUAAAGAUUGCUUGACUAAGAAAUACUGAAUGCUGAGCUAAAUAAGUUGUCAAUUUGGUUUAGAGUUAACAGGCUCUCAUUAAACAAAAAAUCCACACAUUUAUUCUAUUUAAACCAUGCCAAAAGCGUACACAUCAAACAAUUCAUCUUUUAACUAAUAGCCAAAAAAUUGAUCAGGUAAAAGAAACAGUUUUGUUGGGAGUAAUCAUGGAUGAAAAUUUAAAUUGGAAAUCUGAAAUCUCACAUCUCGCCAAUAAAGUUUCUAAAUGCAGAGGAAUUAUUCUUAAUUCCAGUUUCUAUUUAUCUACAAAACUUUUACGAACAUUAUAUUUUUCUCUGGUUUAUCCUUACGUUUUUUUACUGCAACUUAGUUGGGCCUCUGCUUACAGAACUAACCUUAUUCGUCUUGAGAUUUUACAGAAACAAGUGAUCAGAACUAUAGCUAAAACUCGUUUUGAUGCACAUACUGAUCCAAUCUUUCAAAAUCUUGGUAUCUUAAAAUUUCAUGAUAAUACUUAGUACAACUAGGCUUGUUAACGUACUCCUAUCAAAACCAUACUCUACCUUUAAAAUUUCAUUGUAAAUUUACCUUACAAAUUCAAAUUUAUUCGUGUAAUACAAGAAACCCUUGUCAAUUUCGUCUGCCUUUCUGUUGUACUCAAAUCAAGCAAUUUUCAGUAUUUUAUCAAGGACCUAAAUUUUAUAACACCUUAAAAACAAACAUCAUCAACUCUUCCUCCCCUUCUUCCUUUAAAAGAGCACUUAAGUCAUUUAUUUGUAAUAAUUAUUAAACAAGUAUACUCUCACAAAAAGUCUUUGUUGAGAAAAAGCUGUUUAAUAUUCAACAUUUCUAAACUUCCUUAAUAUUGACUAUUAUUUUAAUUUUGCAUCUAAUAAUACUUUGUAUCCGUCACCGAAAUUUUUAUGCCAUCUUAGAAAAAUUGUAAUUGAGGAGGCCUAAUUAACAUAAGCUUUAUAGUUUCCUUUAGGUAUCCUUGCCAUUUCUUCCUACCUUUUUUGUAUCUUUCUGUAACUGUAAUUGUGUUAUGUGUGGCAAAUAAAUAGAGGAUAUUACACGGUGGUGUGAAGAUAUGUAUUUUAUUUUCAAGUGGCAAAACAAUUAAAAUGCUUGCUCGCGUCGCUCACUCAUUUUAUAACAAAAACGGUGCUCUUUUAUUUUAAGUAUAGAAGUUCGGUGGCACAUUACAAGAAAAAUAAUAUAUCUGUUUUUCUGUAGCAUAAAAUAAUAGAGGAAAAUGACCGAAAUUACGUCAUCAAUAAACUCACGUGUGAGAUUAUGGAAAAUAAACCACUCGGGUCCCGGAUAUAGUUUUUAUGAAUUUUACGGGUGGUAUGCUUUCCAGUAAAACACUCAUGUCUAUAUAAUAAAAUACAAUACAAAUACAAAAUCAAGACUUUAUACCAUUUUUCCAGACCUUAUCACCAUUUUCCAGGCUUUUUCCAGGUCUGAAAAAUUGCUGGACAAAUUUCAAGGCUUUUUUAAAAAUACAAGACUCUGUACGAACCCUGAAAAUGAAUUACCAUUUUUUAAACUUUGGUACAUUUAUUUCUUUUGAUGAGAAUGCCAAAUGCAAGUGAAUUUCCCUGGAGUUGAUUUCUUGGGGACGGUACUUAGAAAGAAAAAAUUGUUGUUCCUUACUUAUGCCCUCCAUAACACAUAAAACUAGGCAUUUUCAUAGUCAUGGAGUGACUUACCAAAACAUUGUACUUAUCAAAACUUUUUUUUUUUACGUUCUCUUUGCUGUUGUAGCCAUUGUUUGUAAAGCUCCCUAAUUCCCUCUCUUUCUAAAGGCAUACAGCUGUUUCUAUAGCUUGCAUAUCAGGGACGUUUAUCAUAGAUGAUCAAUGUGACUGUCAAAAAGAGACAGAAACUUUGAAAAAGUAAAAUGUACUGCACUUACCAUACUGAAGAUAAUCUCUAACUAAAUCCAGGCUGCUAAAGUCUUGAUCCAAUCUGGGGCAUCUGAUCUGGAAAGAAAAGUUGAAAAUGUACUUCAGCUCAUUAAUUCACUGAUCAUUAAUUGACUAAAAUAAUAACAAUUUCCAGAACAGACCAAUUGAUUCUAGUAUACCAUACUUGCAUAAAUAAUUAUUAGCAGUCACAUUUGAAUAAGCACCUUGGCCUGAUUACUAUAAAUGAUCUGACAAGUGCCUGCUGCAUUUAUUUAAUUUAGGGGGUGUAUAAUAUAAAUGAGCAUUAGAAAGAGAGAGGCAUUCAAUACCAUAACUAACCAGCUCAACAAAACUCAUAUGCCUUAAGUUUCUCAAAAAUAUCACUUAAUACAAUGAGGCCCUCUAGAGAUUCACUCUUUCAAAUCUCAAUGCCAUAUCAAUGUCAGCAUUGAGAGUGGUAUGUGUUUCCUAGAUAGGGAAACAAAUAUCACCAGUAAUGUUUGUUUCCCAGGUAGGGGAACACUAAGAAUAUGUUUUCCUGGGUAGGAGAAACACAUUUCAUUAGAGAUAUGUUUCCCUAACCAGGAAACACACCACUAGUGAUAUGUGUUUCAUGGGCAGGGGGACAUAUAUCCCAAGGGAUACAUGUUUCUUGCGUAGGAGAACUCAUAUCACCAGGGAUAUGUGUUUCUCGCGUAGGGAACACAUUUCACCAGGGAUAUGCGUUUCCCAGUUGAAUAUGUGUUUUUCCAGUGGAACAUAUCACUAGGGAUAUGUGUUUCUUGGGUAGGGAAACACAUUUCACUAGUGGAAUAUGUUUCCUGGGUAGGGAAACAUAUAUCACAAGCGAUAUGUGUAUUCCAGGUAGAUCAGGAACAAAUAUCACUAAGAAUUGCUCCUAAGUUGGGAAAACACAUUCCACUAAAGAUAAUCUGUUAGGGGGAACACAUAUCUAAUGGUGGAACACAUAUUACUGUGAAAUCACAGUGAUAUGUUCCCACAUGAUAUAUGUUCCUCCAAUCUCAUCUACCUAGUGAAAUGUGUUUCCUCUAGUUUAUGUGUUCCCCUACCCGAGAAACACAUAUCACUAGGGAUAUAUGUUUCCCAGGUAGGGGAAUUACACAUAUCACUACUAAUAUGUGUUCCCCUAUGAAAGAACACAUAAUAUUUCUAAUGAUAUGUGCUGCCCUACCCAGGAUACACACAUCCCUAGUGUCACUGUGGUCACUGUUGUUCCUGUUAUCAGUUUUGACACUGUUGCCCCUGUUCUCUCUGUUGUGACUAUUUCCUGGUUGUCCCUUUUGUCCAUGUCAUCCCCGUUGUGUCUGCUGUUCCUGCUCUCACUGUCUUUACUGUUGUCCUUGCUGUCACUGUUGUCCCUCUUGUCCUAGUUGUUGUCCCUGUUAUCAUCACUGUAACUGUUGUCCCUAAUGUGACUGUUGCCACCAUUGUUCCAGUUGUCCUGUUGUCUUUGUUGUCUCUGUUGUUGUGUCACUGUUGUCACUUUUGCUGCUGUUGUCAAUGUUGUUGCUGCUGUCACUGUUGUCCCUGUUGUCACUAUUGUGACUGUUGUCAAUGUUGUGGCUGUUCUCACUGUUGUCAAUAAUAUCGCUGUUGUCAUUGUUGUCGCUGUUGUCACUGCUGUCACUCUUGUCCCUCUUGUCACUGUUGUCGCUCUGGUCAAGGUCAUCACUGUUAUCUCUAUUCUCACUGUUGUCGUUGUUCUCACCGUCGUCACUGUCCUAACUUUACUCCCUGUUGUUACUGUUGUCGCUAUUCUCACUUUUGUCCCUCUUGCCACUGUUCUCACUGUUGUUCCUAUUGUUACUGUUGUCCCUCUUUUCACUGUUUCUGGCUAUUGUCGAUGUUGUCACUCUUGUCCCUGUUAUCACUGUUGACCUUGUCAAUAGGAUUGUGGAAAAUCUUUACCGAUUAUUUCUUCAUCCAAGCUGACCAAUGGGAUUGUACAAAAUCUUUAUCAAUUUUCAAUCGAUUGGCUUCCUCUGAACAACGUUUCAGAACAUGCCAAAUUUGUCUUUUGUCAGCUUCCCACUCGAAGGUUAGGACGGCUUGUUAACCAGCGAAAUCCUUCAGGAUACUGGCAAGUCACGGGAAGUGACCUAGCAGACCUAGGCCAAAUUAUUUCUUUUUAUUUUGGGUUUUCCCCAUCAUGAUUGUUUUGGCUUAUUCUAUUCUGCAAAACGAAACGAAAUGAAACGAAACAUAUGGGGGAGGGAGAAAAAAUGCUUAUUAUCCUAAACACAUUUCAAGACAUUUAAAAUGUGUUUGGAAGUAAUAGUUAUGGAAUUUUACCUGUUUCACAAAGUAGUAAUUUCAAUAGAAUUACUAUUUUGCGAAAUGGCAUUUUUUCACCUUCAUUUAGCAUGAAUGUCCUUUUCGUCUGAAAGAAAUUGUGUCCACCAAUAAAAUGAUUAAUAUUUCGAAGAAUCUGGGCACCACUCAUUUUAGCAAUAUCAGGUCGAUCAAGAGCUAGGUGGUUGGAAAAAAGACCACAAAAAACAAAUAGAAGUCUGGGGCUGAGACCCACGACCAUGAUGGGAUAUGGAAAAUCCCGAUCUUGAAAAGAGUAGUAAAUAGUUACUGUACAGAUUGUACUCGAUUGACAAAUAAAGUUAAAGGAGAGUGAAGACAGCGUAACACAUGGUAACAGGUCAAAUUGAACUAUGCAUAAAACUAAAUCUAACUUCGAUUCUACGACUGCCCAUGCCUUGCAGGCAACACAUUAUUUUCGAAAGAGAUGUAGAGUUGAAUAAAUUCGAACUAACGUGUGAGUGAAGGCUAUGCCACCGCUAAGUGUAUGGUGGUGCCUAUGAACGAUAGUAAAACCAAUUGCGAGCGUCCAUCUGAUUACAGCUAAAUCUUAAUCUGCAUCAGUUUCAGUUACCGCUUCUCUGAUCAUGGUAGUGAGCUUUCUUUGCAUGUCUGAUCCACAACAUUUGUCCUGUAUUCAAGUUUUGGUCAAUUGAAUUUUCAACAAUGCGAAAGGCCGUCUCCCAUGGGUUUUGUAACACGGAUUAAAGAUGGCCUAAACAAUGUAACUUGCUAUGACAUUGGGCCUAUUAACGAUCAGGAGAUGGAGGCUCUUUCGCUUCAUAGGUUCCUCUUUAUACCCUGUUCCUUAUUCCCAGUAAAUAUUCGCAACAACAACAGCAACAAAAAUAAGUUUCAUUUUAGCUUGUGAUAUGGCGGUGAGGUGAGGCACGCAUAUUUAUAUUUCCUAGGUUAUUUAUUUUCUUUGCAAGAUUUAUUUCAAAACAAUAUAGUUCCGUGCAGUAAAAGAAAAAUGGUGCGCAUAGUAAGAUGAUUAUCGAAAUAGUAAAUGCUGCUGAUAAAAUCAAGGGGAAUAAUCUAUCCCAAAAAAAUAGGUAACUGAUUUGAUAAAAAUAACAUCGUACCAUAUGUAACGCAUAAUACAUUCAACAUUAGUUAGUUGACUUUGGUUAACUUUUUGGAGUACUUUAAUCAAAUUACAAAGAACGGGGGCUUGAGGACCGCUAUUUUAAUCCUUAACAAAUUAUAAAUUUCCUUCGAUACUUUUUGAUAAUGAUGUAUUAGCUUUUAAUGGAACGACUUAAAUAAUGAUAAACUUUGUAAAUGUCAGUUAUGUUUACAAAUAUACAUUUUUUAUGACCCGCCAGAAAACACUAAACUUCACUGCGAACCAAAAGUGUCGGAAUAAUACACUUGGUGGACCCAUUUUUUUUCUGACAUUUUGCUAAAUAAAGGUGAAAGUUCUAGUACAGUCAGUAAAAUGAGAGGUGCCCAGAUGGGCGUAUGGAAAAGCCGGAAUCCAGAAUCCGGAACCGGAACCGGAACUUAAAUUGAGACCAGGGUAAGCUGGGAAGCACUGAAACCAGUUCCAAAUACCAGUCUGGGAAUAAAAUUCAAGAUGGCGUCCUCCGUUAUCAUUGUUUUGAGAAAUUUUCAGCACAGUGAUUGUGAUACCAAAGGUAUACUCACAUUCGGAAAGUGACUUGCAAAAAAAAAGGGAAGUGCAUCCUACUGUUAUCCCUAGCAGUCAUAAAGUGUGACUGCAGCUGUAGGUCAAGCAAUUUUCGAGAGAUCGAGACUACAACUAACCAGAAGCCGAUUGACUGCAAAAAACAGCCAUGUUUAAGACCGCUGUGUUAUUCAUUUCCUUCUGUUGAGCCUAAGAUACUCAUUUCUUAAAAGGGCUCCGUGUUUCAUCCAUUGUGAGGGAAAGGCGGCAAAGGGAGGAGUACUCAUGUCAAUCAUGAUCCCAAGUUGCAACGCUCACGCGUAUAUGAAAUUCUCAACGAAAAAUUUUGCGCCGUACACAAAAAAUGCGACAGUAAAAAAUAUAAUAACAAUAAAUAAAUAUAAUGUGGGGAUGAAAAGUCUUGAUCGAGUAAAAAUUGUUAGUGACACUCUUAAGACAGAAACGUCUCCAAGUUUUAUUUCUUAGGUUCGGGUUCCGGUUCCGGUUCCGUUUCCGUUUCCGGCUCCGGUUCCGGAUUUCGGCUUUUCCAUACGCCCUGCCCAGAUUCUUCGAAAUGUUAAUCAUCUUAUUGGUGGACACAAUUUCUCUCGGACGAAAACACAUAUUUGCUAAAUGAAGGUGAAAAAACGCCAUUACGCAAAAUAGUCAUUCUAGUGAAAUUACUACUUCGCGGGUAAAAAUCCGUCAUUUUUCGUCAACUAUUACUUCCAAACACAUUUUAAAUGUUGUCCUUGAACUGUUUUUAGGAUAAUAAGCAUUUUCUUUCUCUCCCCCAUAUAUUUCGUUUCGUUUCGUUUGGUUUCGCAGAAUAGAAUAAGCCGAUUCUUUUUAAGUUAGGUCUAGCUUUUUCUUAAGGUUUUAGUAGCGUCUGGUUACAGGGACGGGAUUUCGCAUAGAUUUUUCUGGUCGGAGUUCGCCAGUUUUUGCCGAACAGAGCUAGAGUUCAGUUUUUUCUUUUCUUAUCGAAAACACCUUGACGAUGGGAGGUUAAAUCGAGUAAAUUUCAACUCGUACCCUUGACGAUUGCCGGUGAAAUCGCGAAAAUAUUGUCCUGGUUGAUCGAUGACUCGCUUUCGACAUGAAUUCGACUUUUGGAUGGGACACGGAUCCGGACCUUAGUGAACUUAUUAUACCUGUGAAUCACAGAUAACCGUUGGAACUUUUUUAACUUUGAGACCUCGGAAACACAUUGCAAUUUAAUGUUUAAUCGGAUCAAGAGCUUCUUGGAAUAUUAACUUUCAUCUCGGAUUAAAACAUUGGAACUUUAUUUAAAACUAUAUCUUUCCGAUUUCCUUUAUUUUGCUAAAUUCAGAUAGAACUCAGUAAUGCGUCCGUAGACCAAUGCAUUCCACGGGAACGACUUUAGGCGUCUUUUUAUCUGUAAAAUCCAAAAUACAUGUAAAAGGAAGCUUGUGCAACUAAAUGUUAAAUACGCGACGGUGUGUAAACACAGUCUCAAGGCGCUUCUCGUUGCUUUCGAAUUUUACUCGCCGAUAUUUUUUCGAUGGCCUGUUUGUGAAUGUCCAUCGGCAUUAUCGCAGUUGUUUAUCGGUGUCUACAAUCUGAGGGUGUUUUUUUUCGCUGGCAACUUGCUUUGUAAUUUGACCUGUUUACUAGAAUUGCUGUUUUUGCGAUAUGCGAUAGCAACUCCCUUUGAUAUUUCGCCCUCUAUUUUUUAUGAGACGUGAUUGCGUACAUUAAAGUUUCGAAAACUUCAGAAACGUCCAGGAGCUUUGAAAACAAUGUUUUGUCUCGUGCAAUACAAUCCGCUUUUGAAUAUAACAUCGUGCAAGUUGCAGUCACGUCCUAGGCAACAGAAAAAGUUCACGUGUAUCAUGUUCCACCGCGGAAGAGACAAGAGAGACUUACGAGAGAUUAUCUCAAAGGCCCCAAACUUUAAUGAACGCGCUUAAUUUCCUAGUAGAAUUAAAACCUUUGUUUCACGAAAGUUUUCAAGGAUCACGAAAGCAAUUUCAGAGCAAAAGAUUAGUCAUGUUACGGACGGACGUGUAUGUUACAGCUGAUCUUUAUCAAACCAAGCGACAGGGUAAGCCCAGAAUCGUUUGACGUUACAAAAUAAACAUGCUGUUGCUUGUACGGGGGAGGGGGGGAGAACCCCCAUAUGAAAGGGGUGGGGGUGUUCGCCGUCUCGCUUAGGAGUGUAAAUUUCGGAUUUUGGUCUCACUUAGGGUGUUCUGAGCAAAACGUCAUUUUAUUAAGGAGUAAAGGUCUCUUUUAGGGUUGCACGCGAAGAUAUAUAUUUGAUAGUCAGUUCCUGUUAUUUAUUCAAUUCAUGUAAUAAAAUUUUUCUGUAAGAUCAAUAACUAAAGAACAUUGUAACAAAAUGGUCUCUUUCAGGGGUCAAAAAAAGGUUGGCCCACGCCUAGGUUGGUCUCCUUUAGGGGUUUUUCAAAAUUUCCGACGAGCAUCCCCGCCCCUUUCACAUGUGAGCCCCUCGGGUAAAAAAUAUACAUAUUGCGUGACACUGCGUUACAUCUCUUGCAGCGUGACACGUCACAAAAAAAAGCAAAAACCCUGUCAGGGAGGCAGCUCUGGUGGCCAUUUUUUUCCCGUUUAACCUCUGGGACAGAGGUAACCGUUUAACCUCUGGUGCCGAGGUUCCCAUUUAACCUCUGGGACCGAGUUAAUAGUUCGAGCACCUCCCUGCACUUGCUGGGCCGGAGUUUGGUGACCGUCAGCAAGCUCGACAGCCCCCCCCGGUAAGUUGGAUCCGCACGGAUUAGUCAAGCAGGCUUCAGAGAGUUGGCCAUCUCUCACCGCCCUAUAACCCCACCGGAAAUAAUCAACCUAACUUUGCCUUAGAAAAUCUACCUAUAUAUUUAGAUCGAAAAUUCAUUUCGCUCAGUUAUGGUACGGCUCUUCACAGACGCAUGCGCUUUUGGUCCCCCAAAAUUGUGUGGACUUUUCGUUGAUUCAUACACAACAUCCCCAUUCACUCAGGUUAUCAUUUGUAAAAGUUGUUUUUCUUCAAAAUCUCGGCUGGCCCAGCUAUCCACGAACUCCUGUUACGAAAACAGUAGGAUGACUGGUAUUACUAGGAUGAGUGGGACAACUAGAAUGACUAGGGUUACUGGAAGGACUUAGAUGAAUUGGACGAAUAGGGUGACUGGGACAACUGGGAUGACUACUAAGGAUGACUUGGAUGACUAGGAUGACUUGUAUGAAUAGACCCAUUGGUAAUGUUAUAUUAAAAGUCACACUUGGCUCCGAGGCUUGGUGGAAUAAAACAAAAGAAAUCAUCUUGAGGCUCAGCAAUGAAUAACACAUUUCUUUUGUUUUAUUCCCCCGAGCCUCGGAGCCAAGUAUGAAUUUUAAUAUAGAAAAGGGUCUAUUGGAUGGCUAGGAUGACUGUGAGGAAUGGCAUAAGUGGGAUGACAAGGAUGACUUAGAUGACUGGGAUGACCAGAAUGGCUGGUAUGAAUUGGAUGGCUAGGAUAACUGGGAUGACUGUGAUGAAUGGGAUUACUGUGGUGACAAGGAUGACUGGGAUGCAGUAGAUGAAAUUGGGAACAAUUAUGCAAAUAUGGAGCGCUUUUGUUAGUUUAAAACAAUUUGUUAAACAAGAUAGUAGCUUGCUGGUGUAAUAAAUGACAACCAAUUUUACAACUUUCUGAUUAUGUCAUUUUAUAUACAGUUUGAGAGUGCUUUGAAAACACUUUUAGUACCGUGCAAUACAAUCUGCUCGCCUAAUUUUUCAUCAUGGUAGCUGCAGUCACGUGCUACGCAACAAGUAGUUCACGCGUAUCAUGUUCGCGGAAAAAUUAGCAGGCCCAUUUAAGGAGAGAUUUCCUGAAACUUUAAAGAACGCACUAAAUUUCCGAGUAGAAUUAAAACCAUUGUUCCUCACAAGUUUUCAAGGAUCACGAACGCAAUUUCAGAGCAAAAUAUUGGUCAUGUUACGGACGGACGUGUAUGUUACAGCUGAUCUUUAUCAAUUUAAGCGGCCGGAUAAGCCCAGAAUCGUUGGACGUUACAAAAUAAACAUGCUCUUGCUUGUACGCGAGUAUGCACUGUUUGUAUUCAUUUGGAGCAGGCACUUCAAACUUUAUUUGAGGAAGUAAAGCGUGAUACAUAUGUCCUUAAAGAAACAUUCGCUUUAUAACUUGAACUGGUCUUAUUUCGAGUAUACAGUCUCCGGCACGAAUAGAAUGGACUUCCCAUAACUCGAACCUUCAAGGGAAAUCGAAAAAAGUUCGAGUUAUCUGGAGCUCGAAGAAAAUAGCCGAGAGUAAGGUAAAAAACAGUUUUUACUGCACAGUGAACAUUGUAAUCACAUUUAAUUGUAGAAAUAUCGAGUGAAAAUUAAAAAAUACUUCUAGAUUAUAAAUGAGAACGUAACGUAACAAAACAAAGCCUAAAUAGAGCAUGCGUUUUACUGUUUUGAGAAGUAAAGCUGCUUCAUAUUAGCCUGUGACCAUCUGCAUUAGCCUCCACUAGUAAACUAUACUCCUACAACACGUCAAUCGGAAUUCCAAAAUUCUAUGUUUCGGACGCCAGUAGACGGCUUUUUUUCCGACUUUUUAAGGGCUCAAAACAUGGUUCGAGUUAUCGAGGGUAAAAUCAUAUAGAAAAUGACCUAAGGGGAAACGAAAAUUGGUUCCUGUAAGCGGGAGUUCAAGUUACCGAGGGUAAAAUUGCAGUGAAUGCAUGACGGAAAUCCAGGGGAAAAUCCAUUUUGGUUCGAGUUAGCGCGAGGUUCGAGUUAGUGAGGGUUCCAGUUAUCAGGAGUCGACUGUAUACCCAUGCGGCGUUGUGUUAAAGCCGUACAAAAUUAUCCAGUCAUGCGUGAAUCUUUUGUUUUCUGUCUUGCAAGACUCGAUCCUCGACUCGAUUCUAGAUAGUUUGUUCUCGAUUCUCGCAAUGGACUGUCAACUUGCUUUUGAACGGUACUGUACCUGUGUUACCCUUUGUUACCCUGUCUUACCCUGUUACCCUUUGUUACCCUGUGUUACCCUGCGUUACCCUUUGUUACCCUGUGUUACCCUCUGUUACUCUUUGUUUCCCUGUGUUACCUUGUGUUACCCUGCGUUACUCUUUGUUACCUUAUGCUACCCUCUGUUAGUCUGUGUUUCCCUGUGUUACCUUGUGUUACCCUGUGUUACUCUGUGUUACCCUGUGUUACCCUUUGUUACCAUGUGUUACCCUCUGUUACUCGUUGUUUCCCGUUACUCUUUGUUACCUUAUGUUACCCUCUGUUAGGCUGUGUUGCCCUUAGCCUCCCACGCAGGCGUUUUAAGUGGAGCACGUUUUUCAUCCCUCCCCACAAACGCCUGUUCAGCCGGAAACAACAUUCCUUUCCCAUUGUUUUAUUUGCGUGGUAAAUGACCAAUAAACAGUUGUGCAAUAAGGUGUUGACAGGCUAAACGCGACUAAAACGUGACCCUACAGUUACCGUUUUCCUUCUUUUCUUUCCUUCAUUAAGGUUAUCAGGUGCAUAGAGUAUUCUAAAAUUUGAUUAAAUCUUAUUUUUGCCGCUCGAAAUCUAACCCUUAUUGGAGGUUAGAAAGUUUUUCCAGUGUUUCAUGCAGAUUGAGUAAUUAUCAGAUUACCUUACAGUCAAGGUUAACUUUCCAGAAUUUCAAAAGAACAAUGUAAUUGGCUAAGCAUGGGAAAGGAAUGUUGUCUUCGGAUGAGCAGGCAUUUGUGGGGAGGGAUGAAAAACGAGCUGCCCUGUGUAACACACAAACUCAUGCUGGAAACUGGAAGAUAUAAUCAAACUUCCCGGAACGAUAGAUUCUGCCCUAUUUGUAACUCUGGUAUAAUUAAAGACGAAUUUCAUUUUCUCUUCCAUUGUCCAAAAUAUUCAAUCCCAAGGAAGAAAUUCUACAUCAAAUCCAACAAAAUUUUGUCGACUUUAAUCAGCCAUCUUACACAGAAUUAAUAAUUAAACUGAUGAAUUCACACAAUUUUUCGGUAAAUUCACAUUUGUUGAAAUUUGUCUUAUUAUGUAAUGAUUUACGUACUAAUUUGUUAUCAAAUCAUGCUGAUGACAUUUGAUUGACUGUAGUAAUCAUUGCACUGCAUUAUCAUUGUUAUAAAUUUUAACUUUAUGUUAAAGCUUUUGCAGUACUGUACCUACAUAAUUAUAGUCAUGUAAAUAAAGCUUAUGUUGUUGUUGUUGUUGUGUUUCCUUGUGUUACCCUGUGUUACCCUGUGUUACCUUGUGUUACCUUGUGUUACACUGUGUUGUCUCUGUUACCCUUUGUUACCCUGUGUUACCCUGUUUUACCCUUUGUUACCCUGUGUUACUCUGUGUUAUCCUGUGUUACCCUGUUACUCUGUGUUUCCCUGUGUUACCCUGUUACUCUGUGUUACCUUGUGUUACUCUGUGUUUCCCUCUGUUACCCUUUGUUACCCUGUGUUACUUUUUGUUACCUUGUGUUACCCUGUUUUACCCUUUGUUACCGUGUGUUACUCUGUGUUAUCCUGUGUUACCCUGUGUUAACCUGUGUUUCCCUGUGUUACCUUGUGUUACCCUGUGUUACUCUGUGUUUCCUUGUGUUACUCUGUGUUUCCCUCUGUUACCCUUUGUUACCCUGUGUUCCCCUCUCUUACCCUGUGUUACUGUUUAUCUUGUGUUACCCUAUCUUACCCUCAUUUACUCUGUGUUGCCUUGUGUUACCUUGUGUUAUUCUGUUUUACCCCUUUGUUACCCUGUGUUGCCCUUUGUUACUCUGUGUUAUCCUGUGUUACCCUGUGUCACCCUACGUUACUCUUUGUUACCCUUUGUUACCCUGUUUUACCCUUUGCUACCCUGUGUUACUCUGUGUUAUCCUGUGUCACUCUGAGUUUCCCUGUGUUACUCUUUGUUACCCUAUCUUACCCUCUGUUACCCUGUCUUACCCUGUGUUGCCCUGUGUUACCUUGUGUUGCCUUGUAUUAACCUGUGUUACUCUGUGGUACUCUGUGUUACCCUGUAUUACCUAGUGUUACCCUGUGUUACCCUGUAUUGCCCUGUGUUACCUUAUCUUACCGUAUGUUACCCUUAGUUACUCUGUGUUGCCAUGUGUUACCUCGGGUUACUCUUUGUUACCCUGUGUUACCGAUUGUUACCCUUGGUUACCCUGUGUUACUCUGUUUCCCUAUGUUCCCCUUUCACAACACCAACAAGAGUGACAACAGCGACAACAGUGACAACAGCGACAACAGUAAAAACAGUCACAACAGCAACAACAGCGACAACAGCGACAACAGCGACAACAGCGACAACAGCGACAACAGUAAAAACAGNUCAGCCAUCUUACACAGAAUUAAUAAUUAAACUGAUGAAUUCACACAAUUUUUCGGUAAAUUCACAUUUGUUGAAAUUUGUCUUAUUAUGUAAUGAUUUACGUACUAAUUUGUUAUCAAAUCAUGCUGAUGACAUUUGAUUGACUGUAGUAAUCAUUGCACUGCAUUAUCAUUGUUAUAAAUUUUAACUUUAUGUUAAAGCUUUUGCAGUACUGUACCUACAUAAUUAUAGUCAUGUAAAUAAAGCUUAUGUUGUUGUUGUUGUUGUGUUUCCUUGUGUUACCCUGUGUUACCCUGUGUUACCUUGUGUUACCUUGUGUUACACUGUGUUGUCUCUGUUACCCUUUGUUACCCUGUGUUACCCUGUUUUACCCUUUGUUACCCUGUGUUACUCUGUGUUAUCCUGUGUUACCCUGUUACUCUGUGUUUCCCUGUGUUACCCUGUUACUCUGUGUUACCUUGUGUUACUCUGUGUUUCCCUCUGUUACCCUUUGUUACCCUGUGUUACUUUUUGUUACCUUGUGUUACCCUGUUUUACCCUUUGUUACCGUGUGUUACUCUGUGUUAUCCUGUGUUACCCUGUGUUAACCUGUGUUUCCCUGUGUUACCUUGUGUUACCCUGUGUUACUCUGUGUUUCCUUGUGUUACUCUGUGUUUCCCUCUGUUACCCUUUGUUACCCUGUGUUCCCCUCUCUUACCCUGUGUUACUGUUUAUCUUGUGUUACCCUAUCUUACCCUCAUUUACUCUGUGUUGCCUUGUGUUACCUUGUGUUAUUCUGUUUUACCCCUUUGUUACCCUGUGUUGCCCUUUGUUACUCUGUGUUAUCCUGUGUUACCCUGUGUCACCCUACGUUACUCUUUGUUACCCUUUGUUACCCUGUUUUACCCUUUGCUACCCUGUGUUACUCUGUGUUAUCCUGUGUCACUCUGAGUUUCCCUGUGUUACUCUUUGUUACCCUAUCUUACCCUCUGUUACCCUGUCUUACCCUGUGUUGCCCUGUGUUACCUUGUGUUGCCUUGUAUUAACCUGUGUUACUCUGUGGUACUCUGUGUUACCCUGUAUUACCUAGUGUUACCCUGUGUUACCCUGUAUUGCCCUGUGUUACCUUAUCUUACCGUAUGUUACCCUUAGUUACUCUGUGUUGCCAUGUGUUACCUCGGGUUACUCUUUGUUACCCUGUGUUACCGAUUGUUACCCUUGGUUACCCUGUGUU